ACAGCACUGGUUACUGUCAGUCCGCACCAACAAUCCCACAAAAACCAUGAAGUCCUUCGCUUGCCUUCUCGUCGUCAGUGCCCUGAUCGCCUGCACUGUGGCUCUGAUCACCGAUGAGCAGCGAGAAGCGGCCCGCCAGCUGGCUGGCCGCUGUAUCCAGCAGACUGGCGCCUCCGAGGAGGAAGUGAACCGGCUCCGUUCGGGCGAUACAUCCGAUGCCGAUCGUAGCACGCGUUGCUUCGUGCAGUGCUUCUUCCAGGGUGCCGGAUUCGUCGACAGCGAUGGCAAUGUGCAGGCGGACGAACUGACCGAGAAGCUGGCCGGCGAGUAUGGACAGGAGAAGGCCGAAGAGAUGGUCAGCCGGUGCCGCAACAAUGCCGGUCCCGAUGCCUGCGAACGUUCGUUCCGGUUGCUGCAGUGCUACAUGGAGAACCGAGCUACUUUGAUGUAUUGAUCCGUGUGUGUGUGUGUCGCUAAGAUGAUGCACUGACAGACGUCACCGUCGUUCCUCGUACUACCCACUCUCUAGGGCACCCUGUUCCUCUCCAAUACAAAUAAAAGUCGAAGAAGAUCCCGAAAAAAAAAUCCCAAAAAACGGU